AACCAAAAUUACAAAAAUCAUUUCCACGGAAUUCAUUCUUGGUUUGUUUUAAGUAAACCUACACUAACACAAGAAGGGUAGAACUAAGGAAGAGAAUGGAGGAGAAAAUUGCUUUCAAGAAUCUACAUAGCAGAGAGUAUCAAGGUCACAAAAAGAAAGUGCAUUCGGUAGCCUGGAAUUGCACCGGCACCAAGCUUGCUUCCGGUUCCGUCGAUCAAACCGCUCGUGUUUGGCAUAUUGAGCCUCACGGUCAUGGAAAGGCUAAAGAUAUCGAAUUGAAAGGACACACUGAUAGUGUGGAUCAACUAUGUUGGGACCCUAAACAUGCUGAUCUCAUAGCAACUGCAUCUGGUGAUAAGACUGUUCGUCUAUGGGAUGCUCGAAGUGGAAAGUGCUCCCAGCAAGCAGAACUUAGUGGGGAGAAUAUAAACAUCACGUAUAAACCAGAUGGCACGCACGUAGCUGUUGGUAAUAGGGAUGAUGAAUUAACAAUACUGGAUGUUCGAAAAUUUAAGCCAAUUCACAGACGCAAGUUCAGUUAUGAGGUAAAUGAAAUUGCUUGGAACAUGACAGGAGAUAUGUUCUUUUUGACGACUGGAAAUGGUACUGUUGAAGUACUUGCUUACCCAUUACUUAGACCAGUUGACACCCUCAUGGCACAUACAGCUGGUUGCUACUGUAUUGCUAUUGAUCCAACCGGAAGAUACUUUGCUGUUGGAAGUGCUGAUUCCUUAGUCAGCCUUUGGGAUAUAUCGGAGAUGCUUUGUGUGCGAACAUUUACUAAGCUUGAGUGGCCUGUCCGGACAAUAAGCUUCAAUUAUACAGGAGAUUAUAUUGCCUCUGCCAGUGAAGAUCUAUUUAUUGAUAUAUCCAAUGUUCAUACGGGACGAACCGUGCAUCAAAUUCCUUGUCGAGCUGCCAUGAAUAGUGUGGAAUGGAAUCCAAAAUACAAUUUACUUGCUUAUGCCGGAGAUGACAAGAACAAAUAUUCAGCCGAUGAAGGUGUGUUUCGGAUAUUCGGCUUCGAAAGCAGUUAGUUAAUGAGGUAAUCCUUAUAGUUCUAGUUGACUAUUUAUUGUUUUCUCUGCAAAACCAACUGUUCUUAUGUAUCCAUGGAUUUCUAAUACUUGAUUAUGGUUUUUUUUAAUCCAAUAAACCAAUUUGAAUUUC